GUCACUUCUCAAUAAACGCGACACGGAUAUGGUUCUUGACUUAUCAAGCACAUUAAGUAUUUUUCUCUGGACUGCUGCGUCGACUUGAGAAUAUAUACGGCGAAUUUACACUCUCAGACAUCCUGCUCACAAUGUCGUCUUCGUUCGAACCUUCACUUUCGACGAGUGGUGUGCGACCGCCACUCGCAACAGCAGAUGCACCAUCGAUGGCAGACACGCUACCUAGCAUCAAUUUCGGAUUUGAGGACUUGCGUAACCGCAUGGCUCAGUUCACCGCUCGCUUCGAUGCUUUCAUUGAGCGAGGUCGGAAACAGGUGCUAGAAGAGCGAAACCAGUUCAGGAUAGGAUUGGCAGAGUUACAAGAGGAUCAGCGCAUGCGACAAAGAGAUAUUGAGAUUAUUAAUCUCAAGGCCCAGACGCACGAGCAGACCCUCCAGAAAGAGGCGGCUGAGGCAGCCGAAAUGCACGCUGCUAUCUCUUCCGUCGCAUUAGAACGCGACUCUCGUCUUGCGAAGCGUGACCGUCUGAAGCAACAAAUUGAAGAAACUCAGAGUGCCAUCAACCAGAAAUUAGAAGCCCAGAAAGCUCAUGCCCGACAUCUAGACGCACAGUCGCGAUUGAACCUGCCAGAAUUAGAAUUCUGGCAGGAUUAUCUAUGUUUGCGAAUCGAAGGUGCCGGACGAGAAGAUCGGUUGAAAUUCGUCUACAGUCACCUUUUGGAGAAAGAUUGGGACACGGAGGCGUGGUUUGAACUAGGAACCGCCAGUCGCGAUUACGAAGUCUUCCAUACGCGGCCGAAAGUGGAUAGAGAAGCUCUGGAGCGGGAAGUCGACCUCUUGAACGAGGACCGUGAUUUUGGGGCUUUUCUGAAAAGGAUGCGCAGGCUACUUGUCGAAUCGCUGAAGUAGGGUGUUACCCGCUAUUGGCUAAGGAAGCGUGAUAUGACUUCUAUUCUACUUGACUGUUUUAGACGAUACAGUUCGCUUGCUCAACCGCAGCGCGGGAAAGAAGAAUCCCUCUCGUCUGGUCUUUCUCCAAAAGCACAAUAGGGGGUCUGCCCAAACAGUAAUCAGCCACCAGUUGCUUCGCGAUAGAAAGCUAUGCUUCGGCUUGCUCCAGCAGUAGCAAAUCCUUCAGACCUCCCAGUCUUUGGCAGCCAUUUGGCGCUCCAAACCGCCUUCUCCGUUUCUGAAUGAGUUGCGACGCACGACCUUGUAUCAAUUGACCAGACUUUAACUUUUCCGU